CAGCCAUGCGACGUACAUCUUGAAUCAUAACAAUCAAAGAAAAUCGCUCGAAAAUAUUAAAAAAUCCACAGAAAAAUGGCAAACUUGGAGUCAAUUCAAACAUUAGCCUUUCCCUUGCCUCCGUCGCAGUACAUCACAGCGUUCACGGAUGAAAAUGUGCGAAAAAAUAAGAUUCCGAAGCCGCCUCCGAUACCGACGACGGAGUACAAAAUGUUUGGAAAACCCUUCAGUAACGACGAAAACAUCAUCACGCCCUUGGAAUCGCAGGGUUUCAAGCGUUUGUAUCCGCAACACUUUGACCGCAAGAAGGAGUUAAAGAAGAUGAACCACAGUAUUCUCAUAAAUUUCCUCGAUCUCAUCGAACUUUUGGUGAAAUAUCCCGACAGUCCGCGUCGCGCCGAGAAAAUUGACGAUCUCACGCAGCUUUUUGUGCACAUCCAUCACUUGCUGAACGAAUUUCGGCCGCAUCAGGCACGCGAAACGUUGCGCGUCAUGAUGGAGUUGCAAAAGAGACAGCGACUCGAGACGGCACAGAGAUUUCAGAAGCAUCUGGAAAAAGUGCGGGAUAUCGUGAAAAGUGCAUUUGCAACGUUGCCGGAUCAGAUGGAGAGCAAUAGCAAGUUAUUGAUUCCCGUGGAAAUGAUGGAAACGGAUCGAGAGACGGAACAAACGACAGACUCGUGCUGCCAAAUGGAUCGAAUUAUGUGCGAUAUUGUGGAUGAGUUCUCGAAUUAAUGCGAAAAAAUAAUAAUAAACAAUUUUUUAUUUGUAUCAAAAGGUUGUUUUUAAUGAUAACACCUGUGUCAAUGCACCUAUAGAAUGUUCUAACGAUCGAGAAAUGAGACGCAAUUCCAGCUGGAAUGUUUAUUUUUUAAAUAAAUUGUAGGAAUAUUGGUUCUGAAUCAUCUCCGAAAAUA